AGAGGACCGGAGUAACUACCCUUCUGUUUGCGUGCAGCUUUAAAGUAUGCUGUCAAAAAACAAAAUCAAUUGAUAGAUUUCAGACUGUAGCAGUAAGACUGGUAUUUGUGCACUGUUGCUCGUCGUUAUUUUGGCAAAUUGACUUUUUAAAAAAACUAAACAUUUGGUUCGAGCGGGACAUUACAUGGUGUUAAGGCAUACCAAGGCCAAAAAUGUACGCUGUUUGAAACUGCGGGGUCCAACAAGCAGGCAUAGAAUAAGUUUCUCAGAAAUCGCUGGAAUGGAAGUGAAAACCAAAGAUGACGGCUUUCUCCCAUCUCUCCUGGAAGGCAAGUUCUACAAUUCCCAUCCUCAGAGGUGCACUGAGUCAGACUGCACAGAGGCCUUCACAACCAAAUACAACUUGAAGAGGCACAUGUCCCGCAAACACAAGCCAAACCAACUUUAUAAGUGUUCAUUUGACGGCUGUGGUCAAGAGUUCCACAAGAACAGCCAGCUGAAGUCCCACAAGUCGGAACACUCUCAGUCCCUGCCUUACCUGUGUGGUUUUGAGGGAUGUGGCAGACGACUGGCCACAUCUAGUAAGCUUCGUCGCCAUGAAAAAGUCCACCAAGGCUACCCCUGCUCAGAAGAAGGCUGUUCCUUUGUGGGGAAAACAUGGACUGAGUCAACAAAACACCGCAAGGAUGUGCAUCGAGUCCUACUUAAGUGUGAUCAAUGUGACAAGACCUUCCGUGAUUGCUGGUUCUUACGGCAGCACCAGCGAGUUCAUUUAGAGGAGCGUCUGGUUUUCAAAUGUCCAAGAGAGGACUGUGAACGGUCCUACACCAAACUCUUCAACCUCCAGUCGCACAUCCAGUCUUUCCACGAGGAACAGCGUCCGUUUGCUUGUACUCACGCAGACUGUGGCAAGACCUUUGCCAUGAAGCAAAGCCUACGGCGGCACCUGGUGACCCAUGAUCCUCUGAGACGCAAACAGGAGAAGAAACCUCGGAAGAUCACCAAAACCCGCAGGGAGAGGAAACCAAAGAAAGUCGUCCCUGGCAGAUCCCUGCCAUCUCACCUCAGUGGCUUCAAUCCUGAGAGCAGCCACAAGUUGGACAACUUGGACACGUGUAGCCCCAUUAUUGAAUCCGUUCAGAGUAGUUUUCCUGAUUCUUCACACACUGGACAGUGUAUUGAAAUAAAGACUGCAUAAUAAUCCUUACAAACCAAUGUUUGGGAUUUGAGCCAUGCCUUUUAGGAAGGACACAAAGCUCCUAAAUUCAGUUGAGGGUGAAGUUGUGGAAAUGGUUCUUCUGUUAGAUCAGAACCUCAGUCAUAACUGGACUGUUUAAAUAUUUUCUCUGAUUGACUUGUCAAGUUAAUGACAUGUAAAUGUCCCAUUUGUUUUACCUUUAAUGAAGUUGCUUAAAGUUAUGUUUCUAGUGAAAGAAUAUAUAAUUGUACAGUGAUGUCGUUAGCAAAAGUAUGUAUGUUAUGUACAUAAACAAGCUAAAUAAAUGCAAUAUUUUUUCAA